AUGGCAGACGGAGGAGCAGCGCCUUCAACCUCCCAGCUAGCUUCGCAAAUCUGCAACCACAUAGCCUCCGUCUUCUCCAACCCAACCGGAGCCCAUCCACCGCCGCUGGACGAGCUGGUCUCCGCCGUCGCAGCCGCAGCAGCCCGGCGGGGCAAGGUCUUCCUCUACGGAGUCGGGAGAGAGGGUCUGAUGCUGAAAGCGCUAUGCAUGCGGCUCGCCCACCUGGGUCUCUCCACCCACUUCGUGUUCGACAUGACCACCCCGCCGAUCGCCGCCGGCGACCUCCUCAUCGCCUCCGCCGGACCGGGUGGGUUCUCUACGGUGGACGCUCUGUGCUCCGUGGCGCGAUCUUGCGGGGGAGAGGUGCUGCUCCUUACGGCGCAGCCCAAAACGGGGUCCUGUAUCAAGCACGCCGACAAGGUUUGCUAUGUCCCGGCGCAGACCAUGGCCGACGAUAAGGGAGACGACGACGGCGGCGAUGAGGAGGAGGAGAAAUCGAGCGGCCGCCGUCCGUUGCUGCCGAUGGGGAGCGUGUAUGAAGGGGCGCUGUUCGUGUUGUUUGAGAUGGCCGUUUAUAAAUUGGGUGAGGUGUUGGGGCAGACCGCCGAGGAGAUUCGUGCCCGUCACACCAAUCUCGAGUGA